AAGCACGAGGCGUCGCCGUUUAAUUGCUUCUUCUGAGUUCUGACUGAACAACCUGCACCUCUCCCUCCUUAUUUCUUCUUCUCUCUCACGCAGACACGCACCAAAAACACAGGCACGCAUAUUUCUUUUCACUAUAGAAGAAAGAUGGCGGAAUCGGUGGAGCUGCCGAGUCGAUUGGCGAUUCUGCCCUUCAGGAACAAGGUGUUAUUGCCUGGUGCUAUUAUUCGGAUUCGCUGCACUUCACCCAGCAGUGUGAAGUUGGUUGAGCAAGAGUUAUGGCAAAGGGAAGAGAAGGGUUUGAUUGGGAUUCUCCCUGUUAGGGAUUCUGCAGAGACUGCAACUGUGGCCCCUUCAUUAUCUCAAGGUGAUCAUCAAUGCUCUGAAGAUUGCAUUUUGUCUGUUUUUGUUUUUGAAUAUUGUGAAAUGAUCUCUAGUAUUGCAGGCUUGGGAACUGACUCUGUGGAGCGAAACUCAAAAAGUCAAGUAGGAGUAUCAGAUGCUCACAAACAUGAAAGCAAAAAUGCACAGGAAGUUAUUCAUUGGCAUAAUAGGGGAGUUGCAGCUCGAGCUUUACAUCUAUCAAGAGGAGUGGAGAAGCCAAGCGGGAGGGUCACCUACAUAGUUGUGCUUGAAGGCCUUUGCAGAUUCAAUGUGCAGGAGCUGAGUACAAGAGGGACAUAUUAUACUGCUCGGAUUACUUCUCUUGAUAUGACGAAGACUGAGAUGGAACAAGUGGAGCAAGAUCCAGAUUUCAUAUCUUUGACUCGUCAAUUUAAAGCCACGGCCAUGGAGCUAAUUUCUGUUCUUGAGCAGAAACAAAAAACUGGCGGUCGUACGAAAGUUCUUUUGGAGACUGUUCCGGUGCACAAACUAGCAGAUAUUUUUGUUGCUAGCUUUGAGAUUAGCUUCGAGGAGCAGCUGUCCAUGUUGGAUUCAGUGGAUGUGAAAGUGAGGAUAUCUAAAGCUACUGAGUUGGUGGACAGGCAUCUACAGUCAAUUCGUGUGGCAGAGAAGAUUACACAAAAGGUUGAGGGACAGUUGUCAAAGUCACAGAAAGAAUUUCUUCUUCGUCAGCAGAUGCGGGCUAUAAAGGAGGAACUUGGUGAUAAUGAUGAUGAUGAGGAUGAUUUGGCAGCUUUAGAAAGGAAAAUGCAAAAUGCAGAAAUGCCUACACAUAUCUGGAAGCAUGCUCAGAGGGAAUUGAGGAGACUCAAAAAGAUGCAGCCGCAACAACCUGGAUAUAAUAGCGCUCGUGUAUAUCUUGAGCUUCUUGCUGACCUUCCAUGGCAGAAAGCUAGUGAGGAACGUGAGUUUGACCUAAAGGCUGCAAGAGAGCGUCUUGAUAGUGACCACUAUGGUUUAGUUAAGGUCAAGCAACGGAUAAUUGAGUACCUGGCUGUUCGCAAGCUUAAACCUGAUGCAAGAGGCCCUGUGUUAUGCUUUGUUGGUCCUCCAGGUGUUGGGAAGACAUCAUUGGCUUCAUCAAUUGCUGCUGCUUUGGGCAGAAAAUUUGUACGCAUAUCUCUUGGUGGUGUUAAAGAUGAAGCUGAUAUUAGAGGGCAUAGGAGGACAUAUAUUGGAAGCAUGCCAGGGCGACUUAUUGAUGGAAUAAAGAGAGUAUCUGUUUGCAACCCAGUUAUGCUGCUGGAUGAGGUUGAUAAAACGGGUUCGGAUAUACGGGGAGAUCCUGCUUCAGCAUUACUAGAGGUUUUGGAUCCUGAACAGAACAAAACAUUCAACGAUCACUAUUUAAAUGUCCCAUAUGACCUAUCAAAAGUUAUUUUUGUGGCAACUGCAAAUAGGAUUCAACCUAUUCCUCCACCACUUUUAGACAGGAUGGAAGUCAUUGAGCUGCCUGGAUAUACACCUGAAGAAAAGCUAAGAAUUGCAAUGCAGCAUUUGAUCCCAAGAGUUCUAGAUCAGCAUGGUCUUAGUUCUGAUUUUCUUCAAAUUCCAGAGGAAAUGGUGAAGCUUGUCAUCCAAAGAUACACUAGGGAAGCAGGUGUACGGAAUUUGGAGAGGAACUUAGCUGCCUUAGCUCGUGCUGCAGCUGUCAAAGUUGCAGAACAAGAAGAAGCUGUGCCACUCAGCAAGGAUGUCCAGCGGCUUGCUUCACCUCUGUUAGAAAGCAGGCUUGCUGAUGGGGCUGAAGUAGAAAUGGAAGUUAUUCCAAUGAGUGUUAACAAUCAUGACAUAUCAAGCGCGUUUAAGGCCUCCUCUCCUUUGAUCGUAGAUGAAGCUAUGCUGGAAAAAGUGUUAGGGCCUGCUAGAUAUGAUGAUCGGGAGACAGCAGAACGAGUUGCAACCGCUGGUGUAUCUGUUGGGCUGGUUUGGACUGCAUUUGGUGGUGAAGUUCAGUUUGUUGAAGCAACAGCAAUGGUGGGAAAAGGUGAUCUACACCUCACCGGCCAACUAGGGGAUGUGAUUAAAGAAUCUGCACAGAUUGCAAUGACAUGGGUACGAGCAAGAGCAACAGAACUUAAACUGGCUACAGUUGAAGAAAGUAAUCUGUUAGAGGGCCGAGAUAUUCAUAUCCAUUUUCCUGCUGGUGCUGUACCCAAGGAUGGACCCUCGGCUGGUGUCACUCUUGUAACCUCUCUAGUUUCUCUUUUCAGCCAGAGAAGAGUAAGAGCAGAUACAGCUAUGACAGGAGAAAUGACGCUACGGGGUCUUGUUUUACCUGUAGGUGGCAUCAAGGAUAAGGUUUUGGCGGCCCAUCGAUAUGGUAUCAAAAGAGUAAUUCUGCCGGAGAGGAACUUGAAGGACUUGGUGGAAGUUCCAUCUCAUGUGCUCUCGAGUCUGGAGAUACUACUUGCCAGACGAAUGGAAGAUGUGUUGGAACAGGCUUUUGAAGGCGGAUGCCCAUGGAGACAGCAUUCAAAGUUAUGACAGGACGCGGAACAUGCAUAUUUAACAAUCACCUAAUUAUCAGGCUGUUUAACUUGCCCUUCCCUCCUCGGAUGCAGCAGAUCUCUGUUGGUACUACAAGAGAAGGGGGUUAAUGGAGGAUGUUGCAUACAGGAUUAAUUAAUUACACGACCCUAACUAUAACUGUAUCAUGUAAAAUUCGCCAUCAAAAUCUGUGUAUUAUUCUUCUCCUCCUGCCAAGCUGCGUGUGUUGUUGUAAGCUACAGCUUCCUCUUUUCAGUCCCACAUUUAUCAUAUAGCCCAUAAUGUGAAAAAAAUAAAUGCUUGAUUAUGAAAAUAGACAUGCUUCCUGUAGACUUUU